CGAACGCCAUCACCUCACCUUCACAAUGUCUCUCCCCGCCCGCACCGCAUCCAUCUCUCGCAACACCAACGAGACCAAGAUCCAGGUCUCGCUCUCCCUGGACGGCGGCAUCCUGCCCCCCUACGAACCCAGCCAACACUUCCCCGCGCCGACCGACCCCGCGGAGGCCGAAGCCGCGAAGAAGGGCAUUGUCCCGCCCAAAGAUGCCGCACACGCCACCCAGUUCACCCCGACGCAGCAGAUCACCGUGAGCACGGGCAUUGGGUUCUUGGAUCACAUGCUGCACGCGCUGGCGAAGCACUCGGGCUGGAGUCUGGCGGUUCGCGCCAAGGGAGAUCUAUACAUCGACGACCACCACACGACCGAAGACACAUUCCUCGCCGUUGGAUCGGCAUUCACCGAGGCUCUGGGCGCGCGACAGUCGCUGGCGCGGUUCGGGCGCGGGGACGCGCCGCUGGACGAGGCUCUGUCGUGGGCGGUGAUCGAUCUGUCCAGCCGGCCCUGGGCGGUCAUCAACCUGGGAUUCCGUCGGGAGAAGAUCGGUGAUCUGAGCACGGAGAUGAUCACCCACGGUCUGCAGAGUUUCGCCCAGGCGGCCGGCGUGACGCUGCACGUGGGUUGCACCUAUGGCGACAACGACCACCACCGGGCGGAGAGUGCGUUCAAGGCGCUGGCUGUGGCGAUUCGGGCGGCGUGCACGAGACGGGUUGCAGGCGAGGUCGGCGCGGGAGAUGUCGUGAGUACCAAGGGAGUUUUGUAGAUUGCAAGGGUUGAAUUGCGAUUCGUUUAAAAAUGAUAGACAAAGUCAUAUUGUUGUUACACCUGGGAGAUAUCACCUUCUAAUGCUAUCACCCGC